AUGUCUGACGAUGCUGGUGACACCUCAGCCACUAGAGACAAAGCAGAAAUUGCCAAGAUGCCCGAGAGUGAGUUUUCACCCAAAGGCACAGAAGCGCACUGUGAUUCAGCUAUGAUUUCAAAUGAGCCGACAGCAGCUGACGCCAGAGGAGAUGGGCAUGAAAAUGCCACCAUCCAGGGUGCAGAGACUACUGACACUGGGCAUCUUGAGCAGCCGCAACACACCAGUGCCACGGAGCCCGCCCUCAAUGGAGAAGUGACUGAGGAUGCACUUGCUGAAUGCAUUGACUCCGUCAGCCUCGAGGCAGAACUUGGAUCUGAAAUACCCCUGAAAGAACAGACUAAUCCGGUUGUGGAUUCGCCUUCCCAUGGAGGGGGAUGGGCAGGCUGGGGCUCCUGGGGCAAAUCUCUGCUCUCAUCAGCAUCUGCUACAGUAGGUCAUGGAUUGACAGCAGUCAAGGAAAAAGCAGGGGCCACCCUGCGGAUUCAUAGUGUAAAUUCCAGCUCUGCUGAAGGGGCCCAACCUGAUGCUGAAAAUGGAGUCCCUCAGACCCAUGUGGCCACAGAUCAGAGCUCUGGAGAAAGCCCACCCACUUCUCCUGCAUCCGGGUCUCGGGGCAUGCUGUCAACCAUCACCAACGUCGUUCAAAACACAGGUAAAAGUGUCUUAACGGGUGGUCUUGAUGCUCUGGAAUUCAUCGGCAAGAAAACCAUGAAUGUCCUUGCGGAGAGUGACCCAGGCUUUAAGCGGACCAAGACACUCAUGGAGAGAACCGUUUCCUUAUCACAGAUGUUAAGGGAAGCCAAGGAGAAAGAGAAGGAGAGACUGGCCCAGCAGCUGACGGCCAAGAGGACUGCCCACUAUGGGAUGCUGUUUGACGAGUAUCAAGGUUUGUCGCACCUGGAAGCUCUGGAAAUUCUAUCCAACGAAAGCGAAAGCAAGGUUCAGUCAUUUUUAGCAUCACUCGAUGGAGAGAAGCUGGAACUCUUAAAAAACGACCUAAUUUCCAUUAAAGACAUCUUUGCAGCCAAAGAAUUCGAGAAUGAAGAGAAUCAAGAAGAACAAGCCUUAGAAGAAAAGGGAGAAGAAUUUGCUAGCAUGCUUACAGAACUUCUCUUUGAAUUACAUGUUGCAGCCACGCCUGACAAACUCAAUAAGGCCAUGAAGAAAGCUCAUGACUGGGUAGAAGAAGAUCAGACUACGUUGUCCGUAAAUAUGGCGGAAGAGUUGGAGAACACUACAGAGGAAGAAAAGGAAGAGAAACCAGAAAAUCCCAUAGAAGACAAAAAGGAAGAAAGGAGAACUAAGACAGUUGAGGAAGUAUAUAUGCUGUCCAUCGAACGUCUGGCAGAAGUAACAGCACGCUGUAUAGAGCAGCUUCAUAAAGUAGCAGAAUUAAUUCUUCAUGGGCAAGAAGAGGAAAAACCAGCUCAGGACCAAGCAAGAGUUCUGAUAAAAUUAACUACUGCGAUGUGUAAAGAAGUGGCCUCCUUAUCAAAGAAGUUUACGAAUUCUUUAACCACUGUUGGGAGCGACAAGAAGGCUGAGGUCCUUAACCCCAUGAUCAAUAGUGUCUUGUUAGAGGGCUGCAACAGCACCACGUACAUCCAGGAUGCCUUCCAGCUGCUGCUGCCUGUGCUGCAGGUUUCACGUAUCCAGACAGGCUGUUCAGAAGCUCGGCCGGAACCUGGCCAGACUCCAUCUGGUUAAAGAGCAGAGCAGGCCACAUUGCUUUGGUAAUACCAUUUCCGGGGAUGUUUUCCACAAAUCUGGCCCCAGACGCCCCUUGGAGGACUCUACAGGCAAUUUUGCACGGACAGUCUGGAGAAUGCAAGUUGAGAGAGAGUAUCCUGUCUCUUAAUGUAUAUGGUGGUUUUACAAAUAGUUGUGUUUUCUUUAUGUUAAUUUAAAUUUACAUGGCUUUAUACUGAUAAUUGCCUUUCAUCUGAAGUUCAUUCACCAAUAUUCAUUUCCAUUUUCCUGGCCAAGCACGCUAUAUUUAGAAAUUCAU